CAUAGAAUAGAAUAAAAAUUGUAAUUUUGUGUUAUUCUGCUACGCCUAACUAUGAUUUCGUGAAUAUUCCACACGUCUCUUGCAACAUUAAAGGUUUCAGACUGUUACUUGAUCAUUCAUAUUAAAUUGCAUGUACAAUCAAAAACAUAAAUGAACAAAUUGAAGAACCAAAGAUAUAAAUGACAGAGUGUACGGUGAAGAAUAUUUUGAGGUUUACAUCAAGAAGGAAGAGUCGGGAUUGAACCACUCUAGCAUAUUUACAGAUGCGUUCCAAGAAUUCAGUACCCGUUCAGGUAAUACUGCCUCAGACGUCGAUGGGCAGUAAUCACUCUGCCCCAAAAGGAGCAUUUGAAGAAGCGUUACAAUCUUCAAUCGAAGCAUCUCUACGAUCUGCAGGCACAGCACCAAGUCAUGUGUUUUCUUCACUGUACCAUCGUACACGACCACAUUCAGAUGGCAAUCAACCUGGACCUAGUUCAUCAUUGUCUUUACUACCUCCACCUGAUCAGGAUAAUGAACCGAUAGAUGUGAAACCUGACAUUGCAGGAUUGAAUAAAGAGAUUGUGAGAUUGAGUCGAUCUUCAUCAGGAAACACAGAUGAAACCAAUACAACAUCUGUUCGUACACAAGGAGAAAGCACAACUUCAGUCAGGGGACCUCCUCCCUUGUUAUUACCUCAAGCUUUUAUCAGACCAAAUACAUCAACCCCUAGUAGUAACUAUCCUCAGCAAGGCAACAAUGGAAACCGCCUCAUGAUUCCAAGAUUGCCAACUUUAUUACCAAAGAAUUUACAAAUAGAGCAACUUAAACAUGCACAAGAGCAAGUUAAACAUUUUCAACAAAUCCAAAGAUGGCAUUUACUUCAACAAAGACAUCAUCAAGCAAGAGCUGUUGCCAACUCACUGUCUUUACCAAGACUACCGCUAUUCAAUCCACUGAUUCAACCGGCAUUGAACAGGAAUGCUUUAAUAAAUCCUGGCUCGUCGAUAAACGGUGUUCACUCUCUACCUCCCCAACAACAACAACAACAAGAAUCCUCGGCAACAAUGCGGAAACAGACAUCCCCUGGAUCUCCCAUGUUUAGAAAAGGUUUUUGCAAAGGAGGAAAAGAUAUCCGAUUGUCAACAUUACAGCAAGAGAAUAUCCAUAUAAUUCCAUAUCCCAAUGAAUACACACUCGUAGCAAUGUCUAUUUCACCAUCUGCUCCCCAAGUUAUGAAGUCACCUGGAUUGUACCAUCCUCCUGAUAUCCCAGCAGACGCUAUGGUUGUCGUAGCAAUCAGUGUUAGUUGUCUUCCACCAAACCAACACGAACUUAGCAGACCUAUAAUGGCUCAAUGUAUCGGAUGUGGAGAAAGUUCUUUGCACACAUUCGCAACUUUAUCGUCACAUAUCAAUCUACGGACUGCGUCACCAUCACAUACUAAUGUCACCAUGUCGGGAGUUAAUCCAUUACAACGACAUGCCAGAAACUUUGUCAUCCGAGACCAAGCGGCACCCCAUCGAUGCAUGAGAGGUCUUGUCAUACCUUGGAUAUCUGGUGACAUCUCACCAAUGCCUUCACAAAUGCCACAAGGCAUGUUAAGGCCACGUUUGGGUAUGGUUAUGCCACAAAGGCAGCAUCUCAAACAAAGGCAUGUUGGAAGGCCACCUUCUCAACAAAUCAGACCUCAACUUCUUCCACACAGUGGAAUGGUUAUUCCACAUUCAAGUAAGACACAACCUACUACCUCAGGAUCUUCUCCUGUACUACUGGAUAGUCCAUUAUCAGCUAACGAUUCUCCAAAUCAACGUAAACUGGCUGAUGAUUGGUCUCCAGUUAGUUCAGGGCAAUCCGAACCUACCUCUGAUACACUGCAACAGUCACGUCUUGAUCCUGACUGGAAUUCCACUGUCAAACUACCAGAAAAUCUUCCAAACUACGUUGGUCGUCCUCUCAUUCUUAUUUGUUGGGAGUGGCAACAUCUACAAAGUAACAUACCUAACGUCAACAUCACUCAUGCAUUUACCAAAUGUUUUGAAGAAGCGAUGACGGAAUGUCAUCACUCAGCAGUUGCUCCAUUGAGCAGAGAAUUUUGUUACAUGGUUACAACACAAUAUCUAACAUCUCUAGAAAAUCAUGAUUUUCCGACACCAGCGGCUAUGUCGGCUUGGUUAGGAAGAUCAAGAUUAAUGUUGUCAUCCAUGAGACAAGUUCAACUUACAACUGCUCAUGUUGUUUCGCUUGCUAGAAUGACAAUCAGUAACUGUAUGCAUAAGAUUGGAGUUGUUAUAUCGCAGAUAUCUCAAGCUCAUGCAAUUAAUGAAUGCAUUGCUAACUUAAGACCUGGUGGCCCAACCUUCCAUAUUAUCAGUCAUAUUAACGGAGAUACAAUACUAGACUUAUCUAUUCUACUAACAGGUCAUACGUCUCGUUUAACUCGUGAAUAUUUACUAACAUCCGAUGAAUAUUUUGAAAUCAUCAAACAAACAUCUACCUCAGAUAAUCUUGGAAAAAUCAACAACAUAUCCUCAGCGAUAAAACUUGAUACCUACAUCACUGAGAUGUCGUCCAUAGUGUUUCAGAGAUCCAUCCAUGACAUAAGAACAUCUUUUCUUCCUCUAUCUACUCGAAAUACCUCAAGCCCAGUACUGAGCUCGACAAGAAAAUAUAUUGCCCCUACCUCACCCACUUCCGCUGAUGAAAACAACAAUGCAACUCAAAUAGUAACCUCAACAAAGGAUGAAUAUGUCACCUGUAUUGCUGACCAAUUGUUCUCUAAAAUCUCAUCUCUCUGUGAAGAUCAUAACAAACUCGAUUCCUCAAGAUUUACCUCAGUCCAACCUUAUUUCUUACUACCUGAGUCAGAAGUUUUCAAAUCUGAAACAAUCAAUGAUAUAAACAAAUCAGGUUUUCUUGAAGAACCUGGACUGUCAUCGUCCUCACCUUCAACUACUGAUGCCAGAAAGUUAAUUUUGACUGUUUCAUUGAAAUCAAAGCAAAGGUUCAAUGCUAUAUGUGAACACAUGAAGAAAAACCAUUCGACUUUGUUUAUCAUCUUUCAUCUUGAUGCUCAUUUACAUUGUGAUGCUAACAGUGUUGGAUCAGAGUGGAGGUCAAAUUUGCUCAAAGAAUCUCUCACAAAUCUUCUCGUAAUAUCAUGCACUCACAUUCCACAUGCCUUACUCAACCAAAAUACCUCAAUUUCUUCCCAAAAUAUUAUAUUUUCUUCCAAAUUUAAUCAAGAGAGUGCCAAUAUUUCAACUUUUGUCGAUCACUGUUUUUCUUCAUCAUUCAAGGAUAUUAAUCAUCAUUUGACCUAUGACCUCCACCAUGAAGCCGAAUCAGUAGCAAUGUCAGGAAGCGAUCCUCAUUUUCACUCGUCCACAGUUUGUACAAAAAUCUUGACGCAGUCUUACAUAGCUGCGCUGGCAAAUGUAUUAUCAUCGGCCCAAGUUCUUUCCAACGGAGAAAGUUAUUCGAAAGACGACGAUCAACUUCAAAAUUUAACUUCACCAAUUACGACUUCUAUUGUAAAGGAUCUCUUGUCAUCCAAAUCUGGCAUCACUGUUUUACUUCGAAUUCCUUCAGAAUCUUUAGCAAAAUAUUUUGUAUCAGAAAUCAGUAACGCAAGAGGAAAAUUAAAGAUGGACAAUGCAUUUGAGGUUCUGCUGUAUAAGAGCAAUUCUAAACCGACCGUUUCCGAAUAUUUUCUUCAAAUCUUAAAGAUGCAGAAAGGCAAGUCUUAUGACUGGAUUCCAGAAACAUUAUCAGAUAUCGACUGCAUUCCACUGUUGUUGGUUUAUACUGGGAAAGAUAUAACAAGCCAUCAGAUGCCAAGUACAUUGAGAUACGUUGAUCUUCGACUGAUAGCUAAUCACUCAGAAUCACUCAAUCAAUCUGCUAUCUUAUCUGAGUUAUCUCUUGCCCACUCGUCCGUACUUGCAUCAGAGUGUGAAAUCAAUGCAACAUCAGCAGAAUCUACCGAUGAACCUCCAAUAAAGAAAGCAAGAAGCGAUAGCGAAGAAGGAUCUUUGCAAAUGGAUACCUUCUCAGAAGACUCUGGAGAUUCAAGUGAAGAAAAUAAACUCAAGUGGAAAAGCCUCAAUGAAAAAGAUGCUGAGCAAACAACAGAAAAAACAACAGAAGUUGAAGAAUAUUCUUCCUCUGAUGAAUUGCCACAGAAUGAAAAGAAGAUCAAUAGAAAGAGGAGUCACCAGAUCACUGAAUCAUCAUCCAAAUCAGUGCUAGAGAAUAAAAAUUUGAAAAAAGACUUCAUUAUUCCCCAAAUAAUAUUGACAAAAAAUAUGCAUUCAUAUGUUGAAAGUUAUAUAAAAGGAACUGAGAAGUUCUUUGAUCUUCCGCCUCAUUCAUCGUGUGAAUGGAGUUCUCAUUCUCGUCCGAUUAUCAGUGAAAGAUUGAACAAUGUGCAGACUGCUGAUUAUUUGAGGAAAUGGACUAAACCUCUCCCUGGCCAUCCAGAUUCACUAGAUCCUGACAGAACAAUUCCUGUUCUUAAUAAUCCAAGAAAUAUAUUGUCGGUGAUUUCACCUCGAACCAACAUUGCAUUGGCAUGUUGUAUUUUUAUGAAGAAAAUGAACAGAAUGUUAUUGAAGAUGCUGCAAGUUGAAGUUUAUGAUAACAAAUCUUCUUCCGUUAUUAAGCCUUGUUAUCCGGUCCCAAAUCUUGAUAUUUUACCUCAAUGGCCUGUUCACACCACUAUCUUGGAUAUGGAGUACGAUGCUUCCAUCAAGAACUCUUCGUCAUUGAAUGCCAGUCCAAUUACUAAUGGUGUUCAAGAUUUUACAGAUGUUGGCAUAGAUGCAAGUGAGAUAUCAACAGCAGCGUGUACGGCAGGAAAGUCACGUUCAUAUGACAUCAAACAUAGAACUUGUGAUCUUUGUAAAAGCUCUGAUGAUUCACAAAUGACAAGUGUUCACAAAAUGUUAAUACCUAAACGUGGUUUGAAUUCGAAUAGUAUUUGUGAUUCAACAAUAGAAUUGGAAAUAAGUUUUGUUGUUCCUGCGUCUACUCAGCAUCACUUUGUAUUUCAACAUCGAGAUGAAGAUCCAAAAUUAUCAGCGUUGAAUUUAUGUUUCAAGGAUAGUGUUGGUCUGAAAACCCCAGUGUUCAGUAUCGCAAUCCAUGGCGCAAAACAUGGUUUAUACAACCUCGAUCAUACUUUGGCAAUUGAAGAUGUUGAAAUGUCUGAAGAUGAAGCAAAAGCCAGUGAACCACUUCAUAUCAUUGUCAUCAAAAAUUGUGAUCUGGAUGAAUUUCUAACUACGUGGGCAGGAAAGACUCUGAUGGUUUUACCGGAGAGUUUUGAUGAUUUGGGAAUAGGAUCAAUGAAAUAUGCUGUUCAAUGUGCGAUGCAGCAUUCCAUAUUAGUAAGACAAGAACAACAUAAUGUAUUUGAAGAAGGAUCGAGCACGGGUGAUGUCUGGCCGUUUGCGUUAUUGCUUGAUGACAACGUUGUUGUUUGGACAACUUGUAACUCUGUUGUUAGUUCCACAGAUGGUCAUUCUGAAAUCGUAAACUGGAGGAAUAUAUCAUUAUAUGAUGUUUUAAAAAGAAUAGAGGCAAUACCUUACGUUGAACGGUAUUCUGCAAUCGGAUUAAGACCCUGGUCAUGUGACAUGAAACCAACCAAGUGUGAAGAAGAAUUUACAGGAGACGUUGUCAGUUCGGGAUUCUCAAAAUGUCAUCUAACGUCGUGUGUCGCUAUAAACGCACUCACAACUGAAGAUGAAUUGUUUGACUGUUCAAGAUUUCUCGAUGUUGAUAUCGAUUGGUGUUUGAGACUGGCUGCCGCUGAUCGGCCAUUGUUCCGGUUCAAUGACAUCGCCGUAGCAACCAAAGUGAUAUCAUCCAAAUCAAAGAAUAAAAUUGCAACGGUUGACUGUGAUGAUCCACAGUCUCUUGUCAGUCUUGCGGAUUUUGAUUUUACACCGAUACCUCGACAUCCCAACCUACUUCUUGAAGUUUAUCUGAGUAAACUUGGUCACACUGUCUUCCCAAAAGCAAAAGGAAACUCAAGGCAUCCAGUGUUAGUAGUUGAUCGUUAUGUAUCUCUUGGAUCAGAGGUAUUUGUGGAAUUUACCAGUAGUAGGCCAGAUGCAUUGCAAUGGUCUGUGAAUACUGAAAAGAGUUACUGCGGUCUUCUCCUGUUCUGCCAAUCUACUGAAAUAUCUCCAGAGUUCCUGCAACAAUAUAAAUUCACUAAAGGUGCUACAGUCUGUGUUGUGGGAAGAGAUCGUAGUUCGUUGAGACAAACUGUUCUCCAUCUUCACCUCGAAAACAAUUGGCAUUUUCGAUUAUCGGAUGAGUAUCAGACAACGAACGAAACAGGAAAACGAAAACCUCUCUUCUAUCUCACAGGAGUCGCAAGGUCCUCUCGAUGAGUGAGAAAGAGAAAAAUUAAAAAAUUCUCAGCUAUUUAUUAGUAGAGAAAUAUCUUUGCUGUCCUAGAAAGUGAAAACGUCCUCAUGAUGAGUGGAGUGACGGAACAAUUCUGCUUGAGUAAAUAUAUGAGUGAUUUUCAAAUAUGCAAAAAAUAGACUCACGUAAAAUACCAAAGCACUAAUUGCACUCAUUUUUAAUUAAUACUCACCAAAAGAACUCAAUGUUAAAAGAGUCUCACUCACAAAUGCACUCAACUAUAUACCAACAAGAACAUUAUACCAAAUAUUAAUCACCUUAAUUAGAGGGAAAACAUCACACAAUUUAUAAAUGUUCAGUUCUACUACCUUCUGAGAUGGUCUCACACUAUGAGCAAGGCUUCAGACAAGCAGUUGCCAAAUUUGAAAAUUGUUUUAAAGAAAAAUCAUAUUACGGCACACACUUUGGGUAUCUAAACUUGAUUUGGGUAUUAUUUUUGCUCGUUAAUUUUACAAGCGAAUCUCAGAAAUUUUUUGUUAACUAGAAAUCUCCUAAUUUAGCUGUUCCUGUUCAGUUAAUAAACGAAGUAACUAGACUCGACUAUGUAUAGUUAGGUAUUAGGAUACUUCUGCAAAAAUUUCGGGAGGGAGGAUUUAACUUUGGCGUGUUGAGUUCUUGAGGGCCCCUUAUUUGAAAACCUUGUGCCCAUAUUAAAAUCAUGUAUACAAGAAAUAUUCCUCAAAAAUGCUAUCGUUCCUAUUCUCUCUACAUUUAAUAUUGAAUAUAUUUUUUGAUAAAAAUGUCCAAACUUACUCAAGCCUCAUGUUCCUGAGUCAAUUCAAAUUUCUAGUUUUUCAAUAUUUUGUAUUUAUGCAAAUUAUUGUGUAUCAAUUUUUUGUUAUAUAUACCUCGUCAAUUGCUUUCAGGGAAAAAAAUUAGUAACCUCCAUUAUUAACUAAUUAGUAACAAAAAGAACUAAUCAUCGUAAAUAUCAAAUUAUACACUGACGACUAACAAUAUAAAUUUAGCAGACAAAUUUGUCGAAAAAAAACAGUCAAUCUCUGCACCCUGUUACCAUUUUUAUUAGCAGUUGUGAUAAUCAUUGGGAUUAUUGCCAUUUUUGUAAAUAACAUAAUUUUUUCUAAACUUUCAAGUGGCAUUUUUAAAAAUUUGUCAUAUGUUGAAAUUGUUGUCAUUUUUUGGGGCAAAUUUGUGCUCAAAUGUGAAUAUUUCUUCCUAUUAUUAUUAUUAUUAUUUUUUAUAUCUCAGGAAAUUUUUUUUCUACUUUUUGACCAAAGUUUGACCUCCAUGAUUUCUGUGUUUUUCGUGACAUUGUGUGACGUAAUUUCGACUAAAUAUAUUUUUUUCUUACCUCAUAUUUGGCCAAACAUGACCCGAGCAUGAUAUUUCAGAGUCCUUGUUUAUCUUAUCAUACCAAUAUUGGGCGCUCCAGAAGUAUGUGUACCAAUAUGGAGGUAACUAAUUUUGUUCGCCUACUUUACACCAAGUUGUAGAAAGGGAAUCCUAUGGGCAGGGGGUAUAAUUACCUGGCUAACACAGACAGUUCCCGAACUCGUAAUAGAACUAAAAUAAGGAAAAUCUGAAUAAAAUUAUACCUCAAACCUAACCUGGUACACACACUACGGGAGUACCGAUAUCGGCAUAACAGCUACCAUGAUCCUCACCUAAUUUCCUAUUCAUAACAACUACUUCAUGCAUUGAGAUAUUGAAUUGAGGUCGUUUACCUCUCACAUCAAUUUUAUUUGAAAGUCAAUGUGUGGUGCUUUUCAAAUUUUUCACCUCUGACCCAUUGUCGCAUACUGACGACUGUGCUAUUAUUUAAUCACAUUGUGUGCGAAACAUUCAAUACCUCAAAACAAACUUUUCUUCAAUUAUUUUUUUGUAUAUUUCUUUUUUCUUUUUCAUUAAUAAUAAUCAGAAUUUUUUGUUUUGUUACCAUCAUCAUUUCAAUUCUUCAUUUUUUUUUAACUCCCCAGGAAAUGUUCCUUUUGAGUUAUUUUUGUGUGAGAUUUUUUAAAUUUUCAAGCAAGGCCUAUUUGUACCUAUAACAGGAAUUGAGAUUUUAGUAUCACAAAUUGAGCAUUAUAAAAUUUCAUGAUAAUACAUGAGAUACAAGUUAAUUGCUCUUCUUUUGACAUACAAAUAUCAUGUAAGGUGCCUCUGGUCUUGUAUUGAUAAAAGACAAUUUUUAUUCUAACUUGCAUCUUUUCACAACCUCACGAAUCUUCAUACGCCACAGAUGAGAAAGCAUUCUUGUCUGUGAUAUGAGUAUAUUGGGUAAGACAUGAAAAAUUCCAAUUUUUGAACACAAAAUAGAAAUAUGGAUCACCCUUUCUAAGUAGUUUUUUUUCGCUACUAAUAGGCCAAUCAGUUAUAAAAUCCCUAGUACUUGGAAAUCUUGUACUCGCUAGAACGCUUUUUUUUAAUCUUUUUUCAGUCCCACACAGUCCGAUAUUUCAGCCUAAAUUUUCUCGAUAUUCCUUCGCCAUUCUGACUUCAUCUAUUAAAUGAGAAUUGUGAGAUUGUGUUCCUGUAGCAAUCUGUUGUUAUUUUGUUCUGUAUGUUGUCAUCGUACUUCUAAAACCAUCUACCUCAACAAAUAUAUAAUGCAUAGUUAGAAGAGUACUAACAUGGCCAUUUUUACUAAUACUUUAUCCCUCAAGGUACAGUAAAACCAAAUAAUCUUAUGUCACAUUUUUGAGAAAAUCGCAUUUUUGUAGGUUUGGUUCCAACAUCAGAACUUCAAAUGGACUUAAAACUAUACCUGGUACAGCUUCGCAACCAAGACCAAAGGAUGGUCUCUGAUCUGUAAUGACGAAAUCGAAAAACCACAUUUCUGAAAAAUUAGACAUAAGCUAAUUUGGUUUUACUGCUGACUAAUCCCUCUAUUAUUCCCUUUACAUACUUCUCAGAGCUGGUUUCCAUAUAUUUUUCCAUUACGAAAUUCAAUCAUAAUCUCACCCAUUCAAAUCAAUUGUUAAUGUGUGGUAUCCUGUAUUGGACAGUCAUAAAUUUGCACCUAUUUGGCUCUCAUUCUCCAAUCAGGCUUUUGAAAUACUGUUAUUAGUGGCGGCCAUUGUGCAGCACAUCUGAGAUUGGGGGAGGAGGCAUGGCCAGUAGACCGCUAAUAAGAUUUGAGUAAAGUCAAAUGGGCGUGUCCCCGGCAUUAACUUAAUGUUCCAAGUUAUUAUUCCUUUGCUACAGCAGUGAAUGUUACAGUUUGUGUAAUGACCAUACACCAUGACUAUUUUUGUGACAAAUUUGCUUGAAAUAAAAAUAUUAAUUUUGCCAUAAUUCAUUUUUUUCUUUAUCAAUUGUUAUUAUUUUUAUGCAUAACUCUCUCUUGUGUGUCGUCAUAAUAAAACACGAACCAAAGAUAUCAGUUGAACGAAA